AUGGGAGAGCCCUCUGAUGAUUCGAGCUAUUUAGACCGUAUCAAGUCUUGGGCAAAGACCCAUGCGUCCACCUCCACCAGCGAGAAGACAGCCUCCAUCUUACCUGUGAGCACCGCCACUCGCAAUGGCGCAAACCGCACCUCUCAGUCUACAAACAACCGCUCUGGUCCAGGCCACCAGCGAGAGAAUGACGGCAGCAGCUCUGCUGCGCGCACCAUCGUUGCGGCUGGUGCGUCCUCAAAUACACACGCCGUUGCGCCGCCUCCAGUCGAUAGCGCAGUGGAAGGAGGGGCAUCUACCGCCGUAGAAGGCGAAAAGCAGAAGGAGAAACGCAAUAUCAUAACCAGAACCAAAGAUGGCUCAAAACGCUUCUUCAAACAUACCAAAGAUGCCCUGCUGCACAGCUGGAUCAACGUGCUGCUUGUCUUCGUCCCUAUUGGCAUUGCCGUCAAUGCUGCCGGACUGAGUCCUGAGAUAGUGUUCGCUAUGAACGCUAUCGCCGUCAUACCCUUGGCUGGCUUGCUCAGUUAUGCAACCGAAAGCGUUGCGAGUCGACUUGGAGACACGUUAGGAGCGCUGCUCAACGUUAGCUUCGGCAACGCUGUAGAGUUGAUCAUCUUUAUUAUUGCACUCACGAAAGACCAGAUAGCGAUCGUGCAAGCAUCUCUCAUUGGUUCGAUCCUAUCCAAUCUCUUGCUCAUUCUCGGCAUGGCCUUUCUGGCUGGCGGCCUUCGCUAUCGAGAGCAGAUCUACAACAGCACUGUCACGCAGAUGAGCGCUUGUCUCCUCAGUCUGAGUGUUGUGAGCCUCUUGCUACCGACAGCCUUCCACGCGGCUUUCAAUCAAGAGUCUACAGACAAUGGCGAUGCUGAUCGGUUCACGCUUAAAGUCAGCCGCGGAACAAGCGUUAUUCUGCUUCUGGUCUACAUCCUGUACCUGCUAUUCCAGCUCAAGUCCCAUGCAUAUCUGUAUGAGAGCACACCGCAGCAUGUCAUCGACGAGGAGUCACAACCCGGAAUACUCGCCGAUAUUCUAGAUUCGUCAAGUUCAUCUAGCUCUUCGAGCAGUUCUAGCAGUAGCGACUCAGACUCCACAUCAGGCUCUGAAACUACGGCGAAACGCAUCAAAAGAGCAUUCAAGGGCCGAAGUCGUCGCAAGUCCAGCGUGAGCACUCGCGAGGCGCCUUCGGUCCCUUCGUUUUCAAGCAGCCCUCCUGCGGACCUACAUCAAAGCGUCUCUGAAGAUGAUCACGGUGCUCAUGAUCCUGCUCUUAGCAAGCACCAGCAGAGGCAUCGCGGAUCGACAUUUGGAAUGUUGAUGAGUGGUGAUGAAGCAGACGUCGAUGUUCCGAGAGCAAGAGAUUUCGAGACGUCACCUGCUGGCUCCGCUAAAUCAGGCGGCCACAAGCGCAACAAAAAGACUAAAAGAAGGGACCGAAGGUACCGUAACGCUCGUGUAGAGCAUCACGAGCUCUCUGAAAAGCAAGCCAUGGAGAAUACAGAGGAGCAAUCCGCCGUAGCAGAUCAAAGCGGUCCCCGAGUUGGUUUUGUAGAAGAAGUUGCGGUGGCAUCUACCACACACCUAUCGAAGCGCCCGUUCAAUUUGCGGCAACUCUCAUCUCGACCCAGUCUCCGUAGUACUUUGCCCAGCGUCUUGGCCAACAACGUCUUUUCGAAUCCGCCACCAUCUGGGUCACCGCACCUCGGCCCAUCAGGGAUUACUGGAACGCCUGCGCUUCGUCGUACCAAUUCGUUACCGGAGCGGCUCAAUCACCCUCAGCAUACGGCGGGCACAAUCCUGAGACCCGCUGUACCCGCUUAUCCCAGACGUCCUGCCGAGUCGACAAAUACCGAAGAUGCUGAGGAGGAGGAGGAGGAGACAAAGCCGCUUAUGUCGCGUACCUCAGCAGUCGUUAUGCUUCUAAUUUCGACUGGCUUGGUUGCGCUUUGUGCGGAGUCCCUAGUGGACGCCAUCCCGGAGAUGGUCGAGUCGUCCAGUGUCAGUCAAGCGUUCAUCGGUCUAAUUGUUUUGCCUAUUAUUGGUAAUGCAGCCGAGCACAUCACGGCUGUGACAGUUGCUGCGAAGAACAAGAUGGACCUUGCUAUCGGUGUUGCUGUGGGUAGCAGUAUCCAAAUCGCUCUCUUCGUUACACCUGUAAUCGUCAUCCUGGGCUGGUGUAUGGACAAACAGAUGACUCUUUACUUCAACAUCUUCGAGACUGUUGCACUUUUUGUCAGCGCCUUUGUCGUCAACUUUCUCGUCCUUGACGGUCGGAGUAACUAUCUCGAAGGCGUCCUCCUGAUUGCAAGCUACAUCAUUAUUGCGUAA